UUCGCGCUUGCCUCGAUGCAGAAUGAAGACCCGCCCUUCACUGAGUCAGGCUCUGCUGCUCUUCCUCGCUGUAAAGCUCCUGGCUGAUGCAGUACACUGCCAGAAACACUACAAGAACCAGCGGCAGAAAAGGGACUGGGUUAUCCCUGCGGUAAAGCUCAUGGAAAAUGUGGAUUAUACAAAAGAAGAUUUCAUUGCCCGAAUUGGAUCAGAUUUGGGUGGUAAACUGCGUUACAGCUUGAAAGGCUCUGGAGCUGACCAGCCACCCUAUAACUUAUUUGUGGUGGAUGAGAAGACAGGAAAGGUCCGGAUCACAGACUUACUGGACAGGGAGGAAAAGGCUGCAUAUCAACUGGAAGGUGUUGCAUGGUAUAGAAAUAACACCAUUGCUGAAGAGGCCAUUAACUUACCCUUUGAAGUGGUAGACCAAAAUGACAACCCACCUGUGUUUAUUAACCCAGAAUCAGCCAGCGUUUAUGAAGGCGGUCCUGUGGGUACGUUUGUAACAACAGUCAAUGCUACAGAUGCAGAUUUGCCAAACUCUGCUCACACUAAGAUUGCCUUCAGCAUAAUCAAGCAGGAGCCAGACGGCAAGCAGUUCUUUUCCAUUGAUAAACACUCUGGGCAUAUCAGUGUGAAGGACUCAUCACUGGAUAGAGAGACGCAAAACUCUUACGUUCUUACUGUAAAAGCCACUGAUAUGGACGGAGCUCCAGACGGCAACACAGCAACGACUACAGUAAAUAUUCAUGUCUUAGACAUUAAUGACAACAUGCCCACUCUGGAGAAAGAUGAGUAUACAGUGUCUGUGGAUGAGCAUGUGGCUGAUGUGGAAGUUCUACGCAUCCAGUCCUUGGAUAAAGAUGAGGAACGGACAGACAACUGGCUCACUGUAUUUCAGCUUUUGUCAGGAAAUGAGGAUGGAUAUUUCAGUAUUAUUACAGACCCUGACACAAACGAGGGGGUGUUGUACCUCAUCAAGUCUAUUGACUUUGAAACCACCACUAAUCUGGAUUUGGGUUUGGUUCUGGAAAACAAAGCUCCUGUGGGAGCUGCAUCAGGGAUGGGGUCUGGAUCCGGGACUGGGGGUGGUUCUGGAGGAGGAUCAGGUGCUGGGGGUAGCUCUGGGAGCGGACAAGGUGCUGGAACAGGAGCAGGUGGAGUGGGUGGCACAGGAGGCAGACCAAUAAGACCUGGCAGUGGAGGAACAGGCACAAGUCUAAUAAAGCACAAGAUAUACAUGAUAAGGGUUAGUGUGAUCAAUAGGCCAGAUGGACCAAAAUACAGGCCACGUCCUAAAGUUGUGCCUGUGUCAGAGAAAACUAAAGGCAGUUCCAUGCCAAGAGUUAUUGCUACUUACCCUGCCAUGGAUGGUGACACAGGAAAACCAGCAGAAAAAGUCAGAUAUGCUAAAGGAUAUGACCCUGCUAACUGGCUGUCCAUUGAUGAAAACACAGCUGAGAUUAAACUCAACAAGAUACCAGAUCGAGAAUCACCAUAUGUUGUCAAUGGGACCUAUUAUGCCAAGAUCCUCUGCAUAACAGAUGAUAUGCCGUCUCUGACUGCCACAGGAACCAUAGCAUUAGAGGUAGAGGACGUCAAUGACAACUGUCCUACAUUGCUCAGUACACUGCAGCGUGUGUGCAGUGAUGUCCCAGAGGUUAAUGUCACAGCAGUGGAUGCAGAUGCUCGUCCCAAUGGUGCUCCUCUUCAGUUCCUUGUGAUUCCAGAGGAGACAACAGGAAAAUGGAACGUGAAGAUGAAAAGUGAUGAAGCGGCUGUACUGAUACCACAGGAAAGCCUGUGGCCUGGUUCCUACAAAGUCACCAUGGAAAUCAAAGAUCAACAGGGUUUGGCCUGUCCUGACAAACAAGUCCUCCAGAUAGAGGUGUGCACCUGCUCAGAGGAAGGAACGUGCAGCCACAGUCGUGCUGUUAAAACUGCUGCCACUGCUUCGUUUGGAGCACCAGGCAUUGGCUUUCUUCUUCUAGGAGUCCUAAUCCUCCUCUUGGUACCUGUGCUCCUGCUGAACUGUUCCUGUGUGACGUCUAAUGGAGGAGUUGGUUUUCCAAAACACCUUACUGACAUGGCGUUUGGUACAAAAGGAAAUUUCAUACCAUAUCAUACCGAAGGACCAGGGGAAGACAGGGAGGUUCCUCUGCUGAGUGAUCCACUCUCAAUCCUAUUACCUGAAGGAGAGAGAGUCCAAGCAGGCAAUGUGUCUUCAAACAUGGCUGUACACAUGAACUCACAAGCCCCUGCCACAGUUGCUGUGUUUGGUGGAUAUGAUUAUGCACAGACUGGCGCGAUGGAGAUGGCCUACAACGCUUCAAGAGAUGACAACUUCCAGUAUUUAAAAGAGAGUGACAUGGCCUUGUCUGAUGCAUUUCUACAACGAUAUUUCACACAGAAAGCAAGACAUGAAGCAGAGAAUGAACAACUAAAGGAAGCGCUGCUGUUGUGCAGUUAUGAGGGGCAGGGAUCAACUGCCAGUUCAGUGACUUGUGAUAGCCUUCUUGAAUCGUUUGAUGAGCUGGAGUUCUUGGAUGACCUGGGCCCAAAAUUUACUACCCUGGCUCAAGUCUGUGGAUUAACCUGUCCUGAGUUAGAACUUGAGUCCAAAGCAACUUUUGAGAAAGCAACAGAAAUUGCCUGUGAAAGAUCAGCAGAUGUUGUGAGCUCUAGUCACACAAUGAAAACUUCAGAAAUUACUGUUGAGUCACCACCAGCCCCGAUACUGAUGAGUGAGAAUUCAUCCAUGCAAAGCCAAAUGUUCGUGGUUCAGGAACCUUUAUACUACAUGGUCGAGCAGGUGCCCCCCACUGUUCUACUGGCAGGACAGGCCUCUGUUGAAUUAGGGCAAGGCAUGUACCUGGUCAAUGGAAUGUCAGGAGCUGAAGGGAUAAUUCUUAACCAAAGUUAUCAUGCAGAAAACCAACAAAGCAACAUCAUAACAUCCCAACAUCCCAUCUCACCUAGAGACAAAUUUGUCUUGUGUCAGGGAGGUUUAGAGUGGAUGCAUCAGGGUUCCUUCUCUGGAGAAACUGGGUCAGAGGCUGUGAUAACAACAAGUGGUCAUUCAGUAGUAGGACAAACAUCUGGCCUUAACAAUGGAACGUUACUCAAGGGUGAGCAGGUUGUUAUCAUGGAAAAGGCCCCUGGGUCAGAACAUAUGGUUUUAGGGGAAGCCAUAACUGGACUAAAUCAAACUCUAGUUGAGAACAUUUCACCAACUCAGAACUUCGUAAUGAUGCCAGGCCAGUUAUCUACAAUAGCAUUAAAGCCAAAGAGAGUAAAUACAAUGCAGAUGGGCCUUCAGAGGGUAAAUCACAGAGAAGCUGUACUUGAAGGAAGUGAACAGAAUACAGUAACACUUGUGGAGAAUCCAGGUCAGGUACUAGUAGGAAGUCAGUCCACUGCAGCACAGUUGAAGCCAGCAAAAAUAAGUACACUGCAAUGGGGAACUGGUGGGAUAAAACAAGAGGAUGUUGUGGUGCAAGAGGUGAACAGAUUAUAAUCACCCUUGUGGAGAGUCCAGGUCAGGUACUAGUAGGAAGUCAAAUUGCUUCAGCACAGUAAAUAAGUACACUGCAGAGGAAGGUAACUGGGGCGGUAAACCACGAGGUGGAUGUACUUGGAAUAAGUAAACAGAAUAAAACUCUUGUGGAUAGUCAGGUUCAUGGAAGUUCUCUUGGAAGUCCAGUACUCAUGCCUAGUGAUCAGGGCUGAAUUUCAUCUGAGCAUCGUAGCACAUAGAUGUUUCUUAAAUGGCAGACCAAACAUUACACUGAAUACUUUUUCUAUCACUUAAGACGACCUUAACUCUUAGGUUGCUUUUGGGAAACUGGAUGAGUGUUGGCAGGGAGCAUCUGGAGAUUUUUAAGAAUCCUUUUAAAAAAGAUUGUGUUUUGAAGGAAGUAGUCAUUAAAGGGGUUAUCCUAUAAUAUUAUGUAUAGUGACUUACAUUCUUUGUUCAUGCACUGACUGUUGUACCAUAAAAAAUAGAUUAAGAUACCCUUAUUAGUCCCACAACAGGGAAAUUUCACCUCCGCAUUUAACACAUCCGUGAAGUGAAACACCCUAGAA